UGCCCAUGCGCAAGAUGCUUGUAUCUGAUUGGCUGGCGGUGCCAAUAAACCGGCUCAAGCAGACAAAAUGGCGACGGCGAUGGACGUUGAUGCUCCGAGCUCCACCAACAGCGGUGUGGAAUGCAGUAGCUUUGUGGGCCUGGGAUAUUGUGGUAGAUAACUGUGCCAUCUGCCGAAAUCAUAUAAUGGAUCUGUGUAUAGAAUGUCAAGCAAACCAGGCUUCAGCAACUUCAGAAGAGUGCACUGUCGCUUGGGGCGUGUGUAACCAUGCCUUCCACUUCCACUGCAUCUCGCGUUGGCUGAAGACCAGACAGGUUUGCCCAUUGGACAACAGGGAGUGGGAAUUCCAAAAGUACGGCCACUAAACAUAACAGCAACACGUUGUGUACCUGCCAUCAGCUGUUUCUCUGGCGCACAGACUUGCAUCAUUGGCUUCCCACCCACCUUGAUUCACCUGCCUCUCUCAGAGCCUUGUGAUGGCUAUUUAUUCAGAUGACAAGGACUUUAUCAUAAAUGCCUGUGUGCAUGUUUUUUUUUAAAGAAAUGCUCUUUAAUUUCUCUGGUUGCGGACUCUUCAUUAUAAAACAACUAAAUACCUGGAAACCAUUCACACUGACUGCAGGUGGAGAACCAAAAAUGCACUCACACAGACUUGGUUUUUUCAUGUUAAUCGAAACAGAAGAAUGUGUGAGGGUUUUCUUUGGCUCUUUACCAAAGUGUAUUAUAUUUAGUAAUUUAAGUUUAGCAGAAUAUGUUACAAAAGUCUUUUUUUUCCUGAGCAAAAAGCAUUAAUUUCACAAAGACCAGUGUCAGCAAAGAAAAUUUAAUAAGGAAAAGUUAGAGUAUGAGAAAGCCAGCCAGAAAUACAAAAAUGGAUAUUAAGAGUUUCCAAACAUGUUUAAGAAAGAGGUCACAAAGUGAGCAUUGGUCCUAUAGCGUGUGGGGAAUUAGUAAUGGAAAAUAAAGACUUGCCAGAUGAAUUAAACAA